AUGAGUGCCCCUAUGCUUGAGUUCCGGACGCAGGGCUUCAACCCCUACGCCGUCAAAUAUUCGCCCUAUUAUGACAACCGAAUAGCCGUUGCGAGCUCUGCAAAUUAUGGCAUCGUCGGCAAUGGAAGGGUAUAUGCCCUGGGUCUGACUGCCGCGGGUGUACAGGUGGAAAAGACGUUUGACACCAACGAUGCUCAGUAUGAUUUGGCAUGGUCUGAACUCAAUGAAAAUCAGCUCAUUGUGGCCUGCGGUGAUGGAUCCAUCAAGCUGUUCGAUUUAGGCGUCAACGACUUUCCCGUCAUGAAUUUCCAUGAACACAAAAGGGAAACCUUCUCGGUGUGCUGGAACUCGGUCACCAAAGACACAUUUCUAUCAAGCUCAUGGGAUGGGACCGUCAAACUUUGGUCACCAACCCGAAAUAACUCACUCAAGACGCUGCCGAUAGGCAACUGCACAUAUAGCGCGUCUUUCUGCCCUCUCAACCCCUCUCUCAUCUCUGCCGUGUCGACAGACUCGCACCUCCGCCUGUUCGACCUCCGCACGCCGGUAUCGGCCAAGUACCACCAGGUGGCGGCCAUCCCAGUCCACGGAGGGCCGCAACCGUCUCCCCCUGCCGAGAUAUUGACGCAUGACUGGAACAAGUACCGCGAUACCAUCAUCGCGACCGGCGGUGUCGACCGUAUCCUGCGCACUUUUGACAUUCGCGCCGGUGUCAACUCGGUCGGCCCCAUCUCGGUCAUGCAUGGCCACGACUUCGCCGUGCGCCGGCUGGCCUGGAGUCCGCACUUCAGCGACCUGCUCGUCAGUGCCAGCUACGACAUGACGGUACGUCUGUGGUCCGACGGCUCGACUCAGCAGCCCGGUGCUCUACCAGGUGCGCCGCCGAUCGCGGCUCAGGGCAGACAGUUGGGACUGAUGAACCGUCACACCGAGUUCGCUACCGGCCUUGACUGGUGCUUGUUUGGCGCCGGCGGCUGGGUUGCAUCUUGUGCCUGGGAUCAGAGGGUGUUAUUGUGGGACGCAAAUGCGUUCCUCAGGUAACCAGUGUCUGUCGUGACUUGACCGGGCAGCCUCAUACGAUGUCUUUUCUAUACAAGGACGGUUUGUUUUAUUUGAGGAUAUUUCAGGGCAUCCGCGCUUGAUAUCAUACCCAUAAACCAGCGAUAUCUCCAAAAGCGCAAAGCCGAUAUGAGUUGAAUUGUAUAUGUAAUAGUUUUUUUUUGGGGGGCUUCUUGGGAUUUUGGAAAUACCACUGAAUCGAUAAAAUUGGUUUGCUUUGUGCACUGAUGCAUUCAUGACUGUUUAGUGACUUUGUCACAGAUGGUGCGCCGGCGAUUCGGUUUGACCCAUUCAUCAGUCAACACUGUUUCUUGAUGCUCGGUCAACCAAAUA